AUGAUCCGACCCCUUCACAGGAACGAUGGGUUAUUGUGGUGGCGUAAAAGUAUAAAAUAUUCCUGGCUGCUUUCUGACGAAUCAGAUGCUGCCAAUAAUGUGCCGGGUGGAACAUCACUAUUGUUCAUCGUGAAUUGGAUAAUUGGAUCAGGGUUCAGAUCAGUAAGGAAAGAAGAAGCCGCAGACGUUGGGAAACCAGAACAGGAAGAUGGGAGAGGAACGUCUCAGCUGCUCAAAUACGUCAUUUAA